GUAAGUGUCCAUGACAAUUGACUAGUGGGCUGGUAGGGUUGCCUUCCUAUUGUUAAAUUCAUCCCUCUUUCAAGUAGAUCUUCUUUAACAAGACUAAUUUGGAGUUCAAUCCAUUAAAAAAUGGCUCACUUGAAAAACCUCUAAAUACAAUUGGAUGCUAUAAUAUCCGCAACCAACAACUUCGCCGAUGAAAGUUGCAUUGGGAGUGGGGGAUUCGGAAGGGUGUACAAGGGAACGAUUGCGGGUUUCGAUGGUUGCUUUGAAGCGUUUAGAUCGCCGUCUAACUGAUAUCGAGUUUUGGAAGGAGAUCAUGAUGCUUCCACUAUACAAACAUGAUAAUAUUGUGUCUCUCUUAGGGUUUUGUGAUGAUUGUGGCGAGAAGAUCCUUGUAUGUACCCAACAAAAGUCUUGACUAUUAUCUCGCGAGUGAUAAUCUAAGAUGGAUUAGACGCCUUAAGAUAUGCAUUGGGGCGGCUCGUGGAUUGGCGUACCUUCAUAGUCCAAGAAAGAGUAUUGCAUCGGGAUAUCAAGAGUUCUAAUAUUUUAUUAGAUCAAGAUUGGAACGCCAAGAUCUCAGAUUUUGGUCUCGCCAAGUUCGUAUCUGCCAAUCACAAGUACACAUUUUAUUACUCUAAUGCUGUAGGCACGCUUGGAUAUCUCGAUCCACUUUACGCAGAGGAGGCUGGGUUAUUAACAAAAGAAGAGUCAGAUGUUUACUCUUUUGGUGUUGUAUUGUUUGAAGUAGUAUUGUGUGGGAUCGAAAACAAAGACGCUGGACAACCAGCUUUAAUAAGAUUAGUGCGAAAACAACACAAUAGAGGAAAUCGUUUAUGGUAGUAUAAAAGAAGAAAUAAAUCCUGAAUCUUUGCAGGUGUAUGUUAAGAUCGCCUACCAAUGUUUAAAGAUGAAACGUGAGGAACACCCAUUAAUGAGUGACGUUGUGCGGGCACUAGAAACAACCGCACUUAGUUAUCAAGAACCCAAAAGUGAUCAAGAUGCAAACACUUACUUACCGCCAAAAUCACCCUCAACCGGAUCGUGGGAAGGCUACGCAUCCCAUAGAUAUCGAAGAGUAUGCUAGCUCCGAGGGUGGAGGGUUGCUUGUGGUUACAAGGAAAUGAUCUAGUAAAAGGGAAACAUCCAUUCGUCAUAUUGCGUGUUGUUGGACAUGACAUUAAACGAACUACGACUAUGAAGAACAAUCAAAAUCCGGUAUGGAAGUUUACCUUAGAAAAGCCUACAAAAGCAAUAUUGCAUUUGGUAGUUUGUUCUGACUCGUGGAGUAAAAAGGACAUUUUGGGUGAUGUGGAUAUAAGUCUUGCUGACGUGGUAAAAGAAAAACAGAUGAACAAUAUGUACAACAUUGGAAAUACUCGGAUUCAUGUGGAGUUGCAAUGGGAAAGUUCAGAUUUGCCACUAAAAUCAAAGCCAAAGCUGUUGAAGUUCAUGAAUUCAGUUUACAAUUUAGCUGUUUCAUAAGCCAAUUUUGACAAAUUUGGAAAUAUGUAUAUGGGCCUAACAUUGAUUAAACCGAAAAGUAUGUAUGUGAGCCUUUUGAAAUUGGGCUUUUUAAA